GGAUACUUUGGCUUUGUUUCAUGAAAGAGUUAAUUCCUCAUCGAAUAAAGUCAUCAGUUUUGUUAUUAUUAAUUAAUUAUUGUUACCAACAUCAUCGUCGUCUUCGUCAUUCUUGACGUCAUCAUCAUCAUCUUCUUCUUUCUAUCUUCAUUCAUCUUCAUCCAUCUAUAAAUGAACGAUCCAAUGAAGUGAUACAUCAUCGACAACUUUAAAAAUAGAACAAAUAAUUACAUCAAAAAUAGAGUAAAGAGAAGACAAAAUGGCGAACGUUAACGGAAAUGGGAAAUACUUCGAGAUCAAAUGCAAGUCCAACACUAAUUUGAGACUGAACGUGGCCGAGGGAUCCAUAAAACCGGGAGCCCCAGUCAAUGUCUGGCCGGAUCAUUCCGGGGAAAACCAGGUAUGGUAUGAGGACCCGUUAACUGGGACAGUAAGAUCACGAAGGACAAAUCUCUGCCUCGAUGUCGAUAACAAUGGCGAUCUCUGCAUGCAGCCCUACCAGAAAUCCAACCACGACCAAAAAUGGAGGUACAAUAGGUCAAAGGGCGUUUUAGAGAACAUUAUGAAUCCCCAGAAGAUAAUAGUGGCAGAGGGUGCGGGAAAGGUCGCGGGAGCAAAGGUCAUAGUUCAAAACUAUGAGGGCGACGCUGGGCAAAGAUGGAUUAUUGAGUGCAAACCGCCGAUAUAUUUCCGCCUACUCAACGAGAACCCGGACGACGGAACAUUUAGAAUACUGGAGGUCAAAGGUGACAAGGGAAAAGCGGGGUUGAAGGUCAUUGCCAGCAGGCCAACGGCCAGGAUAACUGACAGUCAGCUGUGGUUUGAAAAUCACAUGGGGAAUUUGGCCUGUAAGAAUAAUGGCAAGCUAACUCUUGAUGGAUCAACAGAUUUCCAAGUAACAUUGAGAGAAUACAAUGGAGAGCUGACGAAAAACUUCUGGGCCAUCAUAGGCAACAAAAUCGUGAACAAAGAUGAUCACAACGAAGUUCUGGAGGCCAGCGAUGUGCAGAUGAAUAGGGAUGGAUCAAAUAAUAUAAAUGGGCUAAAUAAUAGAGAUGUGCCGAUUAAUAAUAGGGAUGACAUACUAUUCAUAUCCAUAUAUAUAACAUGUUUAUCUUACAAUUUCCUCACACGAAUAUAUGAUAAUGACUAA